AUGAUCAGCCUGAAAGAAACUGUCAUUUGUGACAAGUGGGAUUGCGACUGUGCUUUAAAUCAUCAGCGCGGGUGCUGUUGUGCAGCCAACGAAAUGUUCCAAGUAGAGGAUGACAAUUAUGAGAGGAUGACUUCUUUGUGGGAUGGCAUCAAUAUGUUGAAGAAUGAAGUGGGCGUGUUAAGCACUGGCAUUAAGGUCGCCUUCAAAGCAAAUAUGGACCCAACACUUUUCACUGGUUCUGCUAUGAGGUGCUUCGGACCUUUCAAUACCAAUGCACCAAUAGCUUACACUAGGGUCACUUUGAAUGAUGGCAAUGGAUACAACCCUUCCCUAGGUGUAUUUACUGCACCACAUGCUGGAGUUUAUGUCUUCUCCUACACGGCCUACUCAUAUGUAGAGGCAUACCAACGGCUCUACCACAAAGUCCAGAUGAUGAAGAAUGGAGAGGUGAUGACAAGCAUUUGGGAGGACAAUCGAGAGGAUGGUGAAGACAGUGGUACCCAGACUCUAACUGUGGAGAUGCAGAGAGGCGAUCAGGUCUAUAUGGAAUUGGAAUCUGGAAGAAAACUCUGUAAACAUCUCGAGCUGAAUACCUUUACUGGUUACAUUGUCUAUGCUUCUCUUUGA